AAAGUAAAAAAUUAGAAGAAAAAAAAAAAAAAAAAAGGGAUCAAAUUUGUUCAUUCUCUCCCAAAAUUCCCUUCUUUUUCUUCUCAAAUCCUUUGGAACAUCUCAGUGCCCUCAAUUCAUAUUCCGUUUUUCUAAGAUAACAGAGCUCUGAUCAGACACCCACUUUCUAUCUCUUUCCAAACUGAUCUACAAUUUUCUGUUUUGAAUAAGAAAAAGGUGAAAUUCUGUGCAAUUGUUGACGGAUGCAGAUGGCUUUUGAGGAAUCCUGGGUUUCUCUGAUAUUUGAUCAAGUUUAAUGGUCAAUUGGAUAUUCCGAUGGAUGUGAUGAUCUGGUUAUGCUAAAAGGAUCGACUUUCUGGGUUCAGUUCCAUGUAUGAUUGUUAACGAUUGUGACCCCUUUUCUGGGUUUUGAAGGAUGGGUUUCGAAUUUUGUUGCCUGGUUUAUUUUGAUCGGAUUAAUCUGACUUUUAUAAGCUAUCGUGGGUAUACGUGAAUAGGAGAUUGUCUUUUCAUGUCAAAAUUCUUUUCUUUUGGGGUUUCUUUUGGGUGUCGAAUAUCCUUCCAUGGAGAAUUGGUAUUCGUCUCUUCGAAGUUUUUAUUCUUUUGAUAUUCUUUAAAUUCCUAGUUUUGACUCACGAUAUGAUAAUAUUUUCGAUUUACGAUGGUCCUUUCAACUUGGAUGCUCUCAUAUAGGCUGCUUUUACUUGGGUUGAGCCUAUAAUUCAAUGAUCGGUUCACAAAUUUCCUGUGGUUUGAGAGUUGAAGUUUGCUGAUCAAUACAUAUUUCAAGCAAUUUUCAUAUAUUCGUCUACCAUAUUUGGGCACUGCAAACUGCGGCAUUGCCCAUGGACGCUACAACUAGUGGAACCCCAACUAUUCAAUACCAUAACAUUCCCGAUCAGCCAAUUACUGCUAUUGUUGCCACAUCGGUACCGGCAUUUCAACGACAGCAACGCCAUUGCUUUGGGGAUUCCAUACCCGGAGAAUUCCCAUUGUCUGCCAAUCCCUCUAUUGUUCUUCAUGUCCUUACAGCAUGUCAUUUGGAUCCCCAAGAUCUUGCAAAACUAGAGGCAACAUGCUCCUUCUUUAGGCAGCCAGCAAACUUUGCUCCCGACUUAGAGUUGUCCUUAUCUGAGCUUGCUGCUAUGGACAUGUGCCAAAAGAGGGCCAUAUUUAGGCCAAUGACAACAGAAGAACGCCAAGAGUUGAAGCAAAGAUGCGGGGGCUCAUGGAAACUGGUCCUGCGGUUUUUGCUGGCUGGAGAAGCAUGUUGCAGGAGGGAGAAAUCCCAGGCAAUAGCAGGGCCUGGUCAUAGUAUUGCUGUGACAUCAAGCGGAGUUGUAUACUCAUUCGGCUCCAACAAUUCAGGACAGCUUGGACAUGGCACCACUGAAGAGGAAUGGCGGCCUCAGCCAAUCAGAUCCUUGCAAGGCAUUCGGAUUAUCCAAGCAGCUGCUGGGGCUGGCAGGACAAUGCUGAUCAGUGAUGCUGGACAGGUUUAUGCCUUUGGAAAGGACUCCUUUGGCGAAGCCGAGUAUGGAGUUCAAGGAGCUAAAUUGGUUACAACUCCACAGCUGGUUGAAUCUUUGAAAAACAUAUAUGUGGUCCAAGCUGCAAUUGGCAAUUUCUUCACGGCUGUCCUGUCUAGAGAAGGCAGGGUUUAUACAUUUUCCUGGGGCAACGAUUCCAGACUUGGUCACCAGACUGACCCAAAUGAUUUGGAACCUCAUCCUUUGUUGGGGGCACUAGAAAAUAUACCAGUCGUACAAAUAGCAGCUGGAUACUGCUAUCUUCUUGCUCUAGCUUGUCAACCUAGUGGCAUGUCGGUUUACUCUGUUGGGUGCGGCUUGGGUGGAAAGCUUGGACAUGGUUCACGAACAGAUGAGAAGUACCCCCGAUUGAUUGAACAGUUUCAGGUUUUGAACCUUCAGCCCAUGGUGGUUGCAGCUGGUGCUUGGCAUGCCGCUGUGGUUGGCCAGGAUGGACGGGUCUGCACAUGGGGUUGGGGGCGUUAUGGUUGCCUAGGUCAUGGGAAUGAAGAAUGUGAAUCAGUUCCUAAGGUUGUGGAAGCCUUGGGCAAGGUGAAAGCAGUGCAUGUUGCUACAGGGGAUUACACAACCUUUGUGGUGUCUGAUGAUGGCGAUGUGUACUCAUUUGGCUGUGGAGAAUCCUCCAGUCUCGGACAUAAUACCGGCGCUGAUGGACAGGGAAACAGGCAUGCAAAUUUAUUAAGUCCAGAGCUUGUAACAUCGUUGAAGCAAGUUAAUGAGCGUGUAGUACAGAUCAGCCUCACCAAUUCAAUAUAUUGGAAUGCUCACACCUUUGCCCUUACUAAAUCAGGGAAGCUAUAUGCAUUUGGUGCUGGAGAUAAAGGGCAGCUAGGCAUAGAGCUUGUUGCCAACCAGACCGAAAGGGGAUACCCGGAGCUGGUUGAUAUCGAUCUCAGCUAGCCCUUUUAUAGCUUUUACCUCCCCAUUUAUCAUCCUUCCAAUUUAUCAUCAUCAUGCAUUGCAUUUGGUGUUGAAAUUUCCUUGUUUAUGCUGUACAUAGAAUCAAAGAAAAAAAGUUGUUAAGGUUCAUGCCUAGUUAACACAGGCCUAAGCUAACAUUAUGUGGUUGUUGAUAUCUAAAAGACCUUGGCUUGCACUUUUGGUUGAAUCA